ACAGGCAGGAGGGGAGAGCCCCAGAGGAUGUGAAUGGGGAGGGGGCACCCGCCCCCUUCCCCCACCCUUCCCUUUAGCUGGGCAGGGGUGGGGGGAGGGGCCGGGCUGAGGCUGCAGCCGCCGUGCUCCGGGAGGGCAGGGCCAGGCAAGGGCGGGACUGGCCCGCGGCAAGCGGACUGGAGAGCCGUGAAGCUAACGGGUCUCGGAGCGGGAGGCGGCGGCAGCGGCGGCGGCGGCAGCGGCGGCGGCAGCUUUCUGCACGGGCGGAGGCGGCGGCAGGAGCGGCAGGCAUGGCCCGCGCGGCGCCCAGCGCAGACUGAGGUGUGAUGAGGUGGGGGUGUCGAUACUUGUGCCGUGGCUUGCAUGUGAAAGUUAGAGGACAGUUUUGUGGACACGACUCCAGGGACGGAAUCCAGGUUGUCACGCUUGAGCAGGUCAUGCUGUGCUCCUGACAGGUGAGGAAGAGCCUGCCAGGGGAUUACUGCUGGCAGAAGCCAAGGGCAGGACAGAGUCACCCCAGAAGCAGGAUUGGGCAAGACAGCUGCGCUGCCGUGGCCAGCAGUCCCAGGAAGGAGUCUGGAGCCCUGGGGAGGAACGCCACACAAGCUCUGCUGACCCACAUGGCUCCCGAGGACCCCACAGCAGGAGUAGGUUGGUGAACUCCUCUGUAACUGCAGCUGGGUCUGCAAUCCCCAGGAGAAAGGACCAGCACCUCCGAUGGGAAGCAGCAGACCGGAAGCUACGGAGAGGAAGGUCUUGAUCUUUGCAGCAGUUUCCUGACGUCCAUGAAGAUUACUGGUUUUCUCUCUGGUCUCGGGUCAGGCUCCUUUCCCCUGGCCAAGGAGUUUGGGUCAGGAGGGCCUACAAGUGUGGAGAGGUCUGGCACAUGGAAUGCAGGCCUCCUGAAGCCCGUGUGCUCUCUCUGCUGUGAUCAGAGUUCCAGGGCUUCCCCACUGCGGGGGAGGAGGGGCUGCCUCAGCGUCUGCUCAUGAGCCACAAGGACCCCGACUGCUCCAGACUGGACCUUUUCAAGCCGCCAAAGAGGGGGGUUCCCGGAGCUGGCAGCCAGCACUCACAAGGGACUAGAGGGCUGGAAUGGACUGACCUCUGCCUUGUCAGGGUCGCAGGAGAAGCAGAGCCUUUGUGGCCCAGCUAGUGACUGAGAGACCCAAUGAAGCCCUAAAUAGAGGCUCCAGUGGCUCAGGGACGGGGGGAGGGAGGGGGGCUCUUCCUGUGGACGUUCUUUCUCCUUUUACCGAGGGAGGGUGUGGCAAGAUUCCCCUGCCACACCUCGUGCCCCUAUGCCCUUUCCACGUGCUGCCAAAGCGAGCAGGCUGCGCCGUGGCUGGCCCCAUCGUGGGCUGGGAAAGGAUUGGCCACGGUGACAGCUGCCCUGUGGCCAGCACCAUGAAGUGCUCCCUCCGGGUGUGGUUCCUCUCCAUGGCCUUCCUGCUGGUGUUCAUCAUGUCCCUGCUCUUCACCUACUCACACCACACCAUGGCUACCCUGCCCUACCUGGACUCCUCAGGGGCCCUGGGCGGCACACACCCAGUGAAGCUGGUGCCGGGCUAUUCGGGACUACAGCGCCUCGGCAAGGAGGGGCUCUCGGGGAAGAGCUGUGCCUGCAGUCGCUGCAUGGGCGAUGCCGGCGCCUCUGACUGGUUUGACAGCCACUUUGACAGUAACAUCUCGCCUGUCUGGACCAGAGAGAACAUGAACCUCCCCCCGGAUGUCCAGAGGUGGUGGAUGAUGCUGCAACCCCAAUUCAAGUCGCACAACACCAACGAGGUGCUGGAGAAGCUGUUCCAGAUCGUGCCGGGUGAGAACCCCUACCGCUUCCGGGACCCCCAACAGUGCCGGCGCUGUGCUGUGGUGGGGAACUCAGGCAACCUCCGGGGCUCUGGCUAUGGGCAGGAAGUGGACAGCCACAACUUUAUCAUGAGGAUGAAUCAGGCACCGACUGUGGGCUUUGAGAAGGAUGUUGGCAGCCGAACCACCCACCAUUUCAUGUACCCCGAGAGUGCCAAGAACCUGCCUGCCAACGUCAGCUUCGUGUUGGUACCCUUCAAGGCCCUGGACCUAAUGUGGAUCGCCAGCGCCCUCUCCACAGGACAGAUCCGAUUCACCUAUGCUCCGGUGAAGUCUUUCCUUCGUGUGGAUAAAGAAAAGGUCCAGAUCUACAACCCAGCCUUCUUCAAGUACAUCCAUGACAGGUGGACUGAGCAUCAUGGACGGUACCCUUCCACAGGAAUGCUGGUGCUCUUCUUUGCGCUCCAUGUGUGUGAUGAGGUGAACGUGUAUGGGUUCGGGGCCGACAGCAGAGGCAACUGGCAUCACUACUGGGAGAACAACCGGUAUGCGGGCGAGUUCCGGAAGACAGGUGUGCACGAUGCCGAUUUCGAAGCCCGCAUCAUUGACAUGCUGGCCAAGGCCAGCAAAAUCGAGGUCUACCGAGGGAACUGAGCGGCCUGGGCGCCCUCAGGACCGGUUACACCUGGGACGGGCACGCGCCGGCUGCCGCCCGCCAAUCAGACUGCGCUGUCCCCAGCAACCAAUCAGUGCUGCAGUUGGGCGGGGCUUCUCUUUCUUAGCCAAUCAUGCGACUCAAGGAACUUUCGGCCCCGCCGUCUCCACCAAUCAUGGCCUUGGGAUGCGGCGGGCUUCGAACCCCUCCCCCCACCCUGCUUUGGAUAAGAGUUUCUUUACCGCCUUUUAAGAGGCCGCUCCGGGGCUGGGCAGGAGCGCCUUGGACUGCCCGUUUCCAGUUUAGGCCCGGAUGGGUGAGUGAAGCCCACCAAAGAAAUGUGAUCGCGGCGAGACCCUCUCCAGGGCAUCCCCGUGGCUCCCCGGGUCGUCGGGGAUUGUAUUCACCGCCAGUUGGGUGGACCCCCUCCCCAGGGCCUCGCUAGUGUCAGGAAGGGGUAGGAAGCUCCACCGGGUCACAUGCAAGGUGCUUCUUUCACGUGUGCCCUCACUUCUGUCCCCACCACCUUCUCAGCGUCUGUCCUUGGGCCCUGGGCCUCCUCUCCAGCUAACGGGUUGCUUUAGAGACGAAGUGAGACCACCGGGACGCUGCUGCUCUGGCGCUCACACCACGCUGCCAUGUCUUUAGCUCUGAGGCGAGAGCAGCGCGCUGUUCAGCUGGUUGGAAAGGAAAGCCCAGCAGCCUGUGCAUGUAACUUUUUCUUUGUCACCCCAAAGAGGAGCAGGCAGCCUCUUGCUUGGGGGUAGGAUUUGCUUUGGACUCAUACUUUAGUUACCCUGAAACUGCCAGGGAUGGCUGUCCAACCAAGAUUGCUUGACAAUUCUUUGCAGGCUUUGCAAGACGGCUCAGAGCUUUGCUGGGGAGGAGCGGAUUGGUGGCUGCCAUGCAUGCCUCCUCCUGUCCGCAUCUUUACCCUGCUUACUCGCCUGUUCUAACCCGCUUUCCAGCUCCUGAAGGGCUGGUGAGUCAAGAAUCGGGGGUUACAGCUGGAAGCUGCUUGCAUGACUUGACCCAGGUCAAAGGUUGAGGUUCACUGGGAGAAAGGGCUUCGUUGAAUGUCUCAGGCCACAGAAAGCACUCCCUUCUUCCCUGCAGUGUCCACAUAAAUAUUUCCCAUUCUUAAUGAGUUGACAUUACCAAGUUGCUGCCUGGUUGGGGGACAGUCACCCACAGGGAGAGUAUUAGAGGGUUGGGAUGAGGCAGUAAGUACCCCUAAAGAUUAAUACAUGGAGAACUUUGCUCGAGUCUGUUCCUUCCCAGUCCCAACAGCAGGGGUGGAGAAAAAGGGUACACUGAGUAGGACUACAGGGAAACUGCAGUCAGGGCACCAGUUGCUCUGUUCUUGCCUGCCUCAUCUCUGCUUUCAAGAAGCUGCUCUGAUGAGAAGUUGAAAAACAAAGUAAUUACGCCAAACAGUAUUAUUGAGAAUAAUUUAUUUCUCCCCGCUUCUUCCCUUUGUUUUGUUUAAACCAUUAAUCCCCAUUCUAGAAGAGCUAGGUCCCAGAAUCCACAUCUUUUGUUCUAUAGUUAUUUAAACAUUCAAAUAUUUUCCUUCCCUUUCUUUUUCUGAAUUAAAAAUAACAAACCCCA